UUUUAACAAACCAGACACAAACGUUUUACUAAAACCACGGUUGUGACGGACUCGGAUCUGUGCAGGAAAAACUUCAUUUCCCAUGAAGCCCCGUUUCACUCCGCAGUGAUGUGGGGUGUGGUGGUUAAAUGACUGUGUCCAUGGUUGUGUGUGUGUUGCGUCCUGGAGGGAAAGAGGAUCCACAUCGGGGCAUCUGUGAGCGGAGGACGGGGAGAUGCGGAGCGCGGUCGGCGCCGGAUCCAUCGGACGUUUCACAAAGACGCGGCAUGAGUGAGAAUUGUCAUUUGGUAUUUCCGUCACCGGCGCGGUGGAUUUUUUUUACCGUGUGAAUCUGGACAUGUAACGGGACCGCAAUGGUGCGUCGAUCCAGCGCGUGAGAGCUGCUGAGCGUCUAUUACAGACAAUAAGAGAGUGGAAAUUGGCUUUGAGAAACACUGGCCUCUCAACAAAUGCACUGGUAAAGAUCCGAGACUGUGUCAUUAGGAGCCUUCGCUGUUUUCCUGCGUGAUAUGAUGAUGAAGCCCUACUGUAUUUAUUAUUUAUGAUUUGUGUAUCAGUGGUUACACAAUCCACAGACACAAGCUCCUAAAAGCCUCAUUGAGCGUUUCCAGUUUUUUCUCAUCCUGCCGUUUAAACAAUCGAGGAGCAGUCAUGUCUAAGAAUAAGAGCAGUGAGUCAGUGAAGGUGGUAGUUCGAUGCCGGCCCUUGAACCGGAGAGAGGAGUCGAGCGGGCCUGCAGGCAGCAUAGUGCAGAUGGACCUGCGGCUGGGACAGGUGAUCCUCAGAAACCCCCGGGCGCCGCUCAGCGAGCCCCAAAAGACAUUCACGUUCGACGCGGUUUACGACGCCAGCUCCAAGCAGCGCGACCUCUACGACGAGAGCGUGCGGCCGCUGAUCGAUUCGGUGCUCGCAGGGUUCAACGGGACCAUCUUUGCCUAUGGACAAACGGGAACUGGGAAGACGUACACCAUGCAGGGCGCGUGGCUGGACCCAGAGAAGCGCGGCGUCAUUCCCAACGCUUUCGACCACGUCUUCACGCACAUCUCCCGCUCCCAGUCCGAUAAACAGUACCUGGUGCGGGCGUCCUACCUCGAGAUCUACCGCGAGGAGAUCCGGGAUCUUCUGGAUCCCAAUCACGCCAACGCCAGGGCCCUGGAGCUCAGGGAGAGCCCGGAGACCGGGGUGUACGUUCGGGAUCUCACGUCGUGUGUUUGCAAGAGCAUCAAGGAGAUCGAGGAGGUGAUGAACAUGGGAAACCAAGCGAGGGCGGUGGGGGCGACGGACAUGAACGAGCACUCGUCCAGAUCCCACGCCCUGUUCCUGAUCACGGUGGAGUGCAGCCAGCCGGGGCCGGACGGAAGGAAGCACAUUCGCGUGGGCCGCCUCAACUUGGUGGAUCUGGCCGGCAGCGAGCGCCAGGCCAAGACGGGCAUCCAGGGGGAGCGCCUCAAGGAGGCCGCCAAGAUCAACCUGUCGCUGUCGGCGCUGGGGAACGUGAUCUCGGCGCUGGCGGACGGGCGCAGCGGCCACGUGCCCUACCGCGACUCCAAGCUCACCCGGCUGCUGCAGGACUCCUUGGGCGGCAACGCCAAGACGGUCAUGGUCGCCACGCUGGGCCCCGCCUCGCAGCACUACGAGGAGACGCUCACCACCCUGCGCUACGCCAACCGGGCCAAGAACAUCCAGAACCAGCCGCGGGUCAACGAGGACCCCAAAGACGCCCUGCUGCGCGAGUUCCAGAGGGAGAUCGCCCGCCUGAGGGCCCAGCUCAACCACAGGAAGUGGAGGAGCAAACAGAAGAAGGAGCAGGUGGACGGAGAGAGUUGGGACGAGGAGACGGAGGGGGAGGAGGAGGGGGCGGAGGUGGAGAAGGAGGCGGAGGAGUACGUGAAGCUGGAGGAGCAGCGGCUGGAGAGGGAGAAGGAGGCCAUCAAGGGGGACAGGUUCCUGCUGGCUGAGGAGAAGCAGCGGCUGCUCGGCGAGAAGGAGAGGAUGAUGGGAGAUCUGAGGAAGGAGCAGGAAGCCACCGAGCAGCUCACGGCCAAGUACAAGGCGAUGGAGAGCAAACUGCUGGUCGGUGGGAAGAACAUCAUGGAUCACACCAACGAGCAGCAGAAGAUGCUUGAGAUGAAGCGGCAGGAGAUCGCGGAGCAGACGCGUAGCGAGAGGGAGAUGCAGCAGCAGAUGCUGUCGCAGGAUGAGGAGACGCUGGAGCUGAGGGAGACCUUUACUUCUCUGCAGCAGGAGGUGGAGGCCAAGACCAAGAAGCUCAAGAAGCUCUACGCCAAGCUCCAGUGCAUCAAAGCCGAGAUCCAGGACGUGAACAACGAGCACGUGACGAGCCGACAGGAGCUGGAACAAACUCAGAACGAGCUCACCAGAGAGCUCAAGUUCAAGUAUUUGAUCAUAGAGAACUUCAUUCCCCCGGAGGAGAAGAAUAAGAUCAUGAACAGACUGACCUUUGACCCCGAGGAGGAUCAGUGGAAGUUUCAGCCUCUUGUUCCUGCUGAGAUCAAAUCAUCUCAGAUGAAGAAAAGGCCGACCUCUGCGGUGGGAUACAAACGGCCCAUCAGCCAGUACGCCAGGGUUGCCAUAGCGAUGGGAGCUCACUCCAGAUACAGGGCGGAGAACAUCAUGUUCCUCGAGCUGGACAUGACUCCUCCCAUGGCCACCUCGCUGGACCGCUCAGCGGAGCCGGAGCUCCACCAAAGCCCCUCCACGGACGACUCGCCCACCAAGGACAGAGGCGUCCACAAGUCCCGCUCCUGGUGCCAGAUGCCAAAAUCCGUCACUUCGUCUGCUUCCAACGUGUCCCUGACGUGUCCCGCCGCCACGGCGGCUCAGUGAGGCUCGGAUGAGGAGGGUUUAUAAUCUCAUCUUCCUCCCUCGCUCCUCUUCCUCGUUGCUCCGCACACAGACUCGUGGACGAGCCUCUGCUGAUCAGACACUGUGUAAAGCACCAUUCUGGGACGUGAGGACCCACGUGGAGCCGCUCCGUUCUGCACGUUAGCGACACGGACGUGUGUAGUGUUCAAACAGGGUGUAUGAUCGCCUGCUUGUGUCUCAGAUCAGCUCACAAGCUGCUUGACUUCCCUGGAAGAUGUCAGCGUUAACGUUGUGUGCGUCUGGGAUUUGCAGGCAGGUUUUGUGUCAGGGCGCGGGAGUUGAUGCUGUUGCUGGUCGGACGAGCGGCUUUGAAGCCUGGAUGCUGACGUUUGUCACCCGUCGUCUCACUUCAUUUGAUCUUUCACGUUGUCUAAUUUAUUAGGAACCGCCCACAACCCUUUCUAAAUCACUUUAUCGAACUGUUUGCUGCAAGUCUCUCAAGUUAUCAGUUAAAUCAAUAGACUGACUUGACUGAGCUAAACUGGGAACGUUAGGAUGCAAACUGGAAGGAGCUGCAGUGGUAAGAAGAUCCAGGUGAAGAGGAGCGGCCGGGGGUCUCACUGCAUUAUUGAUGCCUGGUAUUCUGUUGCAGCCCCCCCACCAAGCGAGCGCUGAACAGGCCAUCAGCAGGUCCCACUUACAUUUACUUCACUACUUUACUCUGACAGACGCCGUUUUCGUUAGAGCACAUCCCUGAUUAUAGCCGAUGAUGAUGAAGGUCUGUUAUGGUUAUGGUUGUUUUUAUUGUCGGUGAAUCUACCAGUAUUUAAGUUGUUAGUCAUUUAGAUGUGUGUUACAUACUGCUUGUUAUAUCAGACAGGGACAAAAAGAUUCUCACUUUACAGGCUCAAACAAAUGAGUUUUGAGAACAUUCAACGGUCAAAAACCAGAGGAUCAGAGUUUUUGAAUCUUUCUUAUUUACUGAGCAGCUAAACCCGUCAUGCUCCUGGUUCACUGACUUUAUUGUUGUGCUAACCUACUUUUUUCUGUCUCACGCACACACACACAGGGUUUUAUGUGUUUAUAGUCAUCAGCAGCUGAAUGGGUGAAUAAUUUACCUAAUUUGUUAAACGAAAAAAAAAACAACAGAUUGUGACUUGAAAUACUUUGAUGCUUCAUCCAAAUGUGAGUUUACUGGUUUUGAGGUUUAAAAUCAUGCAAUUCUACCUUUAUAUUGCUGAAGGAUUCUCCUGAGGUGGGAGUGAAUUACUGUGUAUGUACCUACCUACGUGUGUGCUAGAAGAUAUUGUCUAUUUAUUUGAGAGUUUUAAAUAAGACAUGUUUCUGUUAAAGCAGAUUUCAGGGUGCUAUUAUUCAGAUAUAGUCAUUAAAACGUUAAUGUUCAAGCAAAAAAGAGACAAACUAAUGUCCUUUAAACAUG